CCUUCCUCGUGUUAUAACCGAUGAUAAUUGAUAAAUAACCCAGUGAAACUCUUCUUCCACCAGCUUGAUGUACUUUUUGUUUCUUCUUUCAAAGAAAGGGAAUCUUCUACUGUAACCUCCUUCAACUAUUUAUACCACUUUCUGAACUCAUGCUCACUUUUUCCUUUCUUUCUCUCUCUUAAACAACAAACAUUAGUGUGAUUUCCGGCUAACUCAUCGGGAUCUUACCGUUGAUUCCACCGGAAUAACCAUUCUUCUCUUAUUUCAACAAGAUCCCUGUUAAGCUCUACUUCGGAUAGGAGGAGGAGCAGUAAAGAGAAGAGUAGUGAUUUAGAGAGAGAGAGAAAGAGUAGGGGGAGAGAGGAGAGGUAUGGAUGGAAAUAAGGAUUACAAUUUGAGUAGCUUAAGAAGUGUAAAUUCACACUGUUCGGCUUCCGAAAUCGAUGAUUAUGAUUUCUCAAAGCUUCUUGAUAAACCAAGACCAUUGAACAUUGAAAGAAAGAGAUCAUUUGAUGAGAGGUCUCUUAGUGAAUUGUCUAUUGGACUUAGUAGAGGACUAGACCUUGAAACAUGUUCUCCUGGUGCACGUUCUGCUUUCGACACCCCCGCAUCCUCGGCUCGCAAUUCAUUUGAGCCUCAUCCGAUGGUUUCUGAAGCUUGGGAUGCUCUCAGGCGAUCAUUGGUUUUCUUCCGGGGUCAACCGGUUGGAACAAUUGCUGCUUAUGAUCACCAAUCAGAGGAAGUUCUCAACUAUGAUCAGGUCUUCGUUCGUGAUUUUGUGCCGAGUGCUCUGGCCUUCUUAAUGAAUGGUGAGCCAGAAAUAGUAAAGAAUUUCUUAUUAAAGACUCUUCACCUUCAAGGAUGGGAGAAAAGAAUUGAUCGGUUUAAGCUUGGAGAAGGUGCGAUGCCGGCGAGUUUUAAAGUUCUCCAUGAUCCUAUUAGGAAAACAGAUACUUUAAUCGCAGAUUUUGGUGAGAGUGCAAUUGGAAGAGUUGCUCCUGUUGAUUCUGGUUUUUGGUGGAUUAUUCUGCUUCGUGCAUAUACAAAGUCCACUGGGGAUAUGUCUUUGGCAGAAACAGAUGAGUGUCAGAAGGGUAUGAGGCUUAUACUUGCUUUGUGUUUGUCAGAGGGAUUUGACACGUUUCCAACCUUGCUCUGCGCAGAUGGAUGCUCCAUGAUUGAUCGGAGAAUGGGAAUUUAUGGUUAUCCUAUCGAAAUUCAAGCGCUCUUCUUCAUGGCCUUGAGGUGUGCGUUGACCUUGCUUAAACAUGAUGCAGAAGGAAAAGAAAUGGUGGAGCGAAUUGUGAAGCGUUUGCAUGCUUUAAGUUUUCACAUGCGUAGUUACUUCUGGCUUGAUUUCCAGCAGCUUAAUGACAUAUAUCGUUACAAAACUGAGGAGUAUUCUCACACAGCAGUUAACAAAUUUAAUGUUAUCCCCGAUUCAAUUCCAGAGUGGGUGUUUGAUUUUAUGCCAACUCGUGGUGGAUAUUUUAUUGGAAAUGUGAGUCCUGCUAGGAUGGAUUUCCGUUGGUUUGUCCUAGGUAACUGUGUUGCCAUUUUAUCUUCUCUUGCAACUCCUGAGCAGUCCAUGGCAAUAAUGGAUCUUAUUGAAGAGCGCUGGGAAGAGCUGGUUGGCGAGAUGCCUCUAAAAAUAUGCUAUCCAGCUAUUGAGAGCCAUGAAUGGAGGAUAGUAACAGGUUGCGAUCCCAAGAAUACCAGAUGGAGUUACCACAAUGGUGGAUCAUGGCCAGUGCUUUUGUGGAUGUUAACGGCUGCAUGUAUCAAAACGGGAAGGCCUCAAAUUGCCAGACGAGCGAUUGAUCUAACUGAGAGUCGAAUGGCUAAAGAUGGUUGGCCAGAAUAUUAUGACGGGAAACUCGGAAGAUAUGUUGGAAAACAAGCAAGGAAGAUGCAGACAUGGUCUAUUGCUGGAUAUUUGGUGGCAAAAAUGAUGUUGGAAGAUCCAUCUCAUUUGGGUAUGGUUUCUUUAGAAGAAGACAAACAGAUGAAGCCAGUGCUUAAGAGAUCAAGCUCAUGGACUUGCUGAGAGGAAAAAAGGAAGAUAACUGGAAAGAAAUGAGAGGAAAAGAAAGAGAGAAAAUAGGAAGGCAGAAAAAAAAAAGUGUGAGAUGUUUGUUAGUUUUAAGUUUAAUUAGUCUUACACAAAUAUUCUUUCGCAAUUUCUAUUUUUGUAGGGGUUGGUUUGAAAAAAACUGGUUUUUGUGUAGAAUAACAUCUUCUGUGACAGGCAUCUCGCUUUUCAUAUACGAAAGAUUUGAUGAAUGUUGUUUACUUCAGACGUAGUAAUUCUCAUUUAGAAGAGGCUGAAGUAGUUU